GUGACGUGCGUGGCGACGUGUCGGCCAUCUUGUGUUGUUGAGGCUGAGGACUGACUUGGGUUCUGAGAGACUCCCUGUCCCGGACCGCAGUGUUAAAAGGACCUGAACAGCCUCUGCUCAAACCUCCUGCUGUGAACUAGCAGAACUUUUGAAUAGCAGGUUUCUCCACAUUAAAAAAAAAAUCAUUUUAAAAAUAAGGAUGGCAGCGGAAACUCAGACUCUGAACUUCGGGCCUGAAUGGCUUCGUGCGCUGUCCAGUGGUGGGAGUAUUACAUCCCCUCCUCUUUCUCCAGCAUUGCCGAAGUAUAAGUUAGCCGAUUAUCGCUAUGGGAGAGAAGAAAUGUUAGCACUUUUCCUUAAAGACAACAAGAUACCUUCAGACCUUCUGGAUAAAGAAUUCCUGCCUAUCCUACAGGAGGAGCCCCUGCCACCAUUGGCCCUGGUGCCCUUUACAGAAGAAGAACAGAGAAACUUUUCCAUGUCUGUAAAUAGUGCCGCUGUCCUGCGCUUGACAGGACGAGGAGGAGGAACAGUGGUGGGGGCUCCUAGAGGUCGAAGUUCUUCAAGAGGGCGAGGCAGAGGUAGAGGUGACUGUGGUUUCUACCAAAGAAGUUUUGAUGAAGUAGAGGGUGUGUUCGGUCGAGGCGGUGGCAGGGAAAUGCAUAGAUCACAGAGCUGGGAGGAAAGGGGUGACAGGCGUUUUGAAAAACCAGGAAGGAAAGAUGUAGGGAGACCAAAUUUUGAGGAAAGUGGACCAACAUCAGUGGGAAGAAAGCAUGAAUUUAUACGGUCAGAAAGUGAAAAUUGGCGAAUUUUUAGAGAGGAACAAAAUGGAGAAGAUGAAGAUGGAGGUUGGCGACUAGCUGGAUCAAGAAGGGAUGGAGAGAGGUGGCGUCCUCAUAGUCCUGAUGGCCCUCGUUCUACAGGCUGGAGGGAGCACAUGGAACGCCGGCGGAGGUUUGAAUUUGAUUUUCGAGAUCGAGAUGAUGAGCGGGGUUACCGAAGGGUGCGCUCUGGAAGUGGGAGCAUCGAUGAUGACAGGGAUAGCUUACCUGAAUGGUGUUUAGAGGAUGCUGAAGAAGAAAUGGGCACGUUUGACUCAUCUGGAGCAUUCCUUUCUCUAAAAAAAGUCCAGAAAGAAGCCAUUCCUGAAGAGCAGGAGAUGGACUUCAGGCCUGUGGAGGAGGGGGAAGAGUGCUCUGACUCUGAGAGUAGCCAUAAUGAAGAGGCCAAAGAACCUGAUAAGACAAAUAAGAAAGAAGGAGAGAAGGCAGAGAGAGCAGCACUUGAAGCUGGUGAGGAAACACCUCAGACUUCAUCAUCAUCUGCUAGACCAGGUACUCCUGAGCAUCCGCUUCAGGAAGUACCACAGUUUGAGAGGAAAGAUGAACCCAAAGCGGAACAAAUGGAAAAACCUGAGGAGGAUGGUCAUACUGAGAAGAGCCUGCCAGCCAAGGCGCCCAGCAGAGGGGAUGAAAUGGUUCCUGAUAUCCAGCAGCCCCUGACACAGCUCCCUCCAGACACAACCUCUCCUCUUCUCAUCCUUCCACCUCCUGUUCCUACUCCUAGUCCUGCCCUUCGGCCAGUUGAGACAGCCGUCAUCAGUGCUCCUGGAAUGGGCAGUGUUUCCACAGAGCCAGACGAUGAAGACGGUCUUGAACAUUUGGAACAGCAAGCUGAGAAAAUGGUGGCUUACCUCCAAGACAGUGCACUAGAUGAUGAGAGACUGGCAUCAAAACUGCAAGAGCACAGAGCUAAAGGAGUGUCAAUUCCAUUGAUGCACGAAGCAAUGCAGAAGUGGUAUUACAAAGAUCCCCAGGGAGAAAUCCAAGGUCCCUUCAAUAAUCAAGAGAUGUCAGAGUGGUUUCAGGCGGGCUAUUUCACUAUGUCUUUGCUGGUGAAGAGAGCAUGUGAUGAAAGUUUUCAACCUCUUGGUGAUAUCAUGAAAAUGUGGGGAAGGGUUCCCUUCUCUCCAGGUCCAGCUCCCUCUCCUCAUAUGGGAGAAUUGGACCAGGAACGCCUGACUCGGCAGCAGGAACUUAAUGCCUUAUACCAGAUGCAGCACCUCCAGUACCAGCAGUUUUUAAUACAGCAACAAUAUGCACAGGUUUUGACUCAACAACAAAAAGCAGCCUUGUCAUCCCAGCAGCAGCAACAGUUGGCUCUUCUUCUCCAGCAGUUCCAGGCCCUGAAGAUGAGAAUAUCUGACCAGAACAUCAUUCCUUCAGUAACUAGGUCUGUGUCGGUGCCAGAUACUGGCUCUAUCUGGGAGCUUCAGCCCACAGCCUCACAGCCUACAGUUUGGGAAGGUGGUAGUGUGUGGGAUCUUCCCCUGGAAACCACGACCCCAGGCCCUGCCCUGGAGCAGCUUCAGCAGCUAGAGAAGGCCAAAGCUGCAAAGCUAGAGCAGGAGAGAAGAGAAGCAGAAAUAAGGGCAAAGCGGGAAGAGGAAGAGCGAAAGAGACAGGAAGAACUUCGGAGACAACAGGAGGAAAUUCUCCGGAGGCAACAGGAGGAAGAGAGAAAAAGGCGGGAGGAAGAAGAGCUUGCCCGAAGGAAACAGGAAGAAGCGCUGCGGCGGCAAAGGGAGCAAGAAAUUGCACUGAGACGCCAGCGAGAAGAAGAAGAAAGACAGCAGCAAGAAGAAGCUCUCAGAAGACUAGAGGAGAGGAGAAGAGAAGAGGAAGAAAGGAGGAAGCAGGAAGAGCUGUUACGCAAGCAGGAAGAGGAGGCCGCCAAAUGGGCCCGGGAGGAAGAAGAGGCCCAGCGUAGAUUAGAGGAGAACCGACUGCGGAUGGAAGAAGAGGCAGCCAGGCUUCGGCAUGAAGAGGAGGAGAGGAAGAGAAAAGAACUGGAGCUACAGCGGCAGAAGGAGUUGAUGCGCCAGCGGCAGCAACAGCAGGAGGCCCUGCGGAGGCUACAGCAGCAGCAGCAGCAGCAGCAGCUUGCACAGAUGAAGCUUCCCUCUUCUUCAACAUGGGGCCAGCAGUCUAAUUCGACAACAUGUCAAUCCCAGGCCACAUUAUCAUUGGCUGAAAUUCAAAAACUGGAAGAAGAACGAGAACGACAGCUUCGAGAGGAGCAGCAGAGACGCCAGCAGCGGGAAUUGAUGAAAGCACUCCAGCAGCAACAGCAGCAGCAGCAGCAGCAGCAGAAACUCUCAGGUUGGGGGAACAUCAGCAAGCCUGCAGGAACCACAAAGUCUCUUCUGGAGAUCCAACAGGAAGAGGCCAGGCAGAUGCAGAAGCAGCAGCAGCAACAGCAGCAGCAGCAAACAAACAGAGCCCGGAAUAACACACAUUCCAACCUGCAUACCAGCAUUGGGAAUUCUGUUUGGGGCUCUAUAAAUACCGGUCCUCCUAACCAGUGGGCGUCUGACCUUGUCAGUAGUAUCUGGAGUAAUGCUGACACUAAAAACUCCAACAUGGGAUUCUGGGAUGAUGCAGUGAAAGAGAUGGGACCUAGGAAUUCAACAAAUAAAAAUAAAAACACCUCCAGCCUCAGUAAAUCUGUAGGUGUGUCUAACCGGCAGAAUAAGAAAGUAGAAGAAGAAGAAAAGUUGCUGAAGCUCUUUCAGGGAGUAAAUAAAGCCCAAGAUGGAUUUACCCAGUGGUGUGAACAGAUGCUUCAUGCCCUUAAUACGGCAAAUAACUUGGAUGUUCCCACAUUUGUUUCUUUCCUAAAAGAAGUAGAAUCUCCUUAUGAGGUCCAUGAUUACAUCAGGGCCUACUUAGGAGAUACUUCUGAGGCCAAGGAGUUUGCCAAGCAGUUUCUGGAGCGCCGUGCCAAACAGAAAGCCAGCCAGCAGCGGCAGCAGCAGCAGCAGCAACAGCAGCAGCAGCAGCAGCAGCAGCAGGAUUCUGUAUGGGGGAUGAACCACAGUACACUCCAUUCAGUAUUUCAGACCAAUCAAAGCAACAACCAACAAUCUAGUUUUGAGGCUGUGCAAAGUGGUAAGAAGAAGAAAAAGCAGAAGAUGGUUCGAGCAGAUCCCAGCUUACUAGGGUUUUCAGUCAACGCGUCAUCUGAGCGACUCAACAUGGGUGAGAUUGAGACUCUGGAUGAUUACUGAGUAUCUGCCACUGUGCCGGUCUCCCCUCUCUUGCUGCUGACCAUGGAUUCUCUACCUUGGACACAACACGCACUCACCAUUUGCUCUCUAUUACUCUACAACAAACACAGAACCAGUCAUCUCAGGCUUUUUCUUCUACUCUUUGCGUCCAAGAUUCUUUAAACUGCUGUUGGUGGUGAGCAUCUCAGGCUGUACAUACAUGGACCAGACCUUCUGUCGUGGGUGUGGCAGCUGGGAUCGCUCCCCAGCAGGGCUGACAUUGGCAGCACAUGGCCACUCUGCCAUGAUUCCAUCUACUGUCUCCCGAAAGGGUUUUGGGAUCUGCCAAUAGCAGCUUACUUUUUCUUGUUGCUUUCUUUUCCGUUUUUGUUGUUUUCGUCUUCUUUCCCCUUGCAUAUGGGCAUGAGGUCUCACUGGUGCAGUCAUGAAGAGAGGUAAUGGUUAAUAGAUGUGGGUCAGCAGCAAAGUGCCCCUCUGCAGUGAUUCCAGUGUUGCAGAGGCAGCCAGCAUUCCAUCUGGGGGCUGCAUUGUCACUGCUAACUUUGGAUUGCAUCCGAGGCCUUUGUGGGCGGGGUGUAGGCUGGGCUGGGUUGGUGUUGGAGACCUCUUGCUUAUUCUUUCUGAAUGUCUUUUCAGAGAAAGGAUUCAUGUUGUUCAUGUUUUCUUCAUCUAGUGACUUCUUAGCAAGCUGACUUCUCCCCCGGCAUACUCCAACCUUAUUGGACAAAGGAAAACAUAAGGCCUGGGAGAGAAACUUAUUCUUAAUUUUCCUUUCUUACAAAAACUGAUUUUUUUUUUUCCCAUAAACAUUUUUACUUCAAAGGACUAGGACCAGUUUGUUUUGGGCCCUUCUGUGAAAAUUUGUCUCGUUUAAGAGGCAGCUAGGAUCAUUACCAUAUGUAUGAAUUUGUAUAAUUAUCAUUUAGGGUAGGGAUAAACUUUUGCUUCUGAUAAAAACUCGGAAUUUCAUCUGGUUCCCUAGAGCAUUGUAUGCGUGUUGCGCUGUGGCCCCAAAAAGGUUUUGUUAAGAUUCUGGGAUGGCAUGUUGAAUGCCUUUUCUGAAAGAGAAUAUGUAAAACCUGACCAUCUUUAAGACCUUCAUCCAUGGAAACCACUAUGCAGGAAGAUGCAGUGGGGUGGAGGGGAGGGGCAAGAUGAAAGUGAGAAGCCUGCCCUGGCGUCUGGUUAUGGCACCUCCUACCCUUUCAUGUCAAGUAGAAAUGUACUCAAGCUCUAUUUAUAAACAAGUACUCUUAACUGCCUCUACCAAAUGCCCACAGAACAUCACCUGGAAUGGCCAGUUACACCUCCAUGGGAGCUGUGGGCCGGCUGUCCCUGUACAAGAGGCACUGUGUUGGCAGCUCCUAGGAGAAGCACCUUUCCUUUCUGUCAUCAGUGCCUGGAGAAGGCUGGAGUUGCUCUGAGAGCAGUUUGGUUUUUGGAGGAUUAUAUUUGGUUUCUAUUUUUAUUAUUUGGAAUCACCAGUCUCCCUAUCCCUUCUUGCCUCCCUCCCUCCUAAACAUGUACAAUAACUAUACAGAGACUGCUACAAACUUGUAUAUAGUUUUUGGAUCAAAUAGCAUGAGGAGAUGGGAGACCAUUCAGAUUUGGGACUCCUCUCCUUUGCUUUGUAAAUUCAAAAGUGGGGGGUGGGGAAGAGGGAUAGUUAAAAUGUUUACAAAACUUUAAGCUCACUCGGAACUUUUGCCAGUGUGGAGGAAAAUAAAAAAGAACUUAAAUAAA